ACUUCAUUUAAAAGGCCUGGUUUUGGGGUUCACAUUCAGACAUCGCCAUGAAGUCGCCAGUAGCAGCUUUACUUUUGUUGUCGGCUUCUGCCUUUCUUUCAAUCUCGGGUGUUAAUGCUUCGCAGAAAUUUACCGCGCCUCAAUACAGCGCCUCAACUUCUGCCAGCAACAAUCAAUAUGACCAAGGAAAUAAUGUGAACACCAACUCCUACAAUACUCCGCAGUCUGACGUUUAUGUAAAUCAAAAUUAUCCGUACACAAUUGAAAACCUGGUCCCUUAUUCAAAAACUCAAGCGUACACCUCGGCAACCGGUGGAAGCUACAAUUCAGAUAGCAAUAGCUACGUCCCUACAUCUACGAGCUACACCGCGGCGGUCGACAGCUACACUCCUGCAUCCAAUAGCUACACUCCUACUUACAACAGCUACGCUCCUACGUCCAAUAGCUACACUCCUACGUCCAAUAGCUACACUCCUGUUUCCAAUAGUUAUACUUCUACGGCCAACAGCUACACUCCUGCGUCCAACAGCUACACUCCUGUGGCCAGCAGCUACACUUCUACGUACAACAGCUACGCUCCUACGUCCAAUAGCUACACUCCUGUCUCCAAUAGCUACACUCCUGUCUCCAAUAGCUACACUCCUGUAUCCAAUAGCUACACUCCUGUAUCCAAUAGUUAUACUUCUACGGCCAACAGCUACACUCCUGCUUCCAACAGCUACACUCCUGUGGCCAGCAGCUACACUCCUGUGGCCAGCAGCUACACUCCUACGUACAACAGCUACGCUCCCACGUCUAAUAGCUACACUCCUGUCUCCAAUAGCUACACUCCUGUAUCCUAUAGCUACACUCCUGCAUCCAAUAGCUAUACUACAUCUAACAGCUACACUCCUGUGUCUAAUAGUUAUGCUUCUACGGCCAGCAGCUACACUCCUGUCUCCAAUAGCUAUACUUCUACGUCUAACAGCUACAUUCCUAGCAGCUAUUCCGCUACCCCAUGCAGUCAGUCGUACCUUGCUUAUGCCCCAUAUGAUGCUAUUUAUUCCGACUCUGGUGCAAACUACGCCAACGAUUACAUAAACACUGCGGAUUACUCAUCAAAUAAAAAGAGCUGCGACUGCCAAUGCAUCUGUGCCGGAAGCAAGUAUUCUAGCGGCAACUCAUACUCCACACCCAAUACGGGCUACAACGCGAACAACCAGUACAGCAAUAACCAGUAUCAAACCACUGACAACCGCUACCCCGUCAACUCCUACUCUUCCGGAAGUACUAAUUAUGCAGGACCAAACUACUUCACCUAUUCGUCUAGUGGUGGAAGCUACCCUGCGAAAAAUUCCUAUCAGAACACUUACCAAAGCCAAGCAUACGCUCCUUCCUACAGUGUCAACACAGCUACUUACAGUGUUCCCUACUCUGCCUCCAGCUACACCAGUCCAUCCUAUUCUGGAAGCAACUCUUACCCCCGGACAAGUAGCUAUAGUGCAGGAUAUUCAUACGGCUCAAAUCAAGGGAAAACGUACCCCAGUGGUUCAUCCUACACCCAGAGUGGAAAUUCAUAUCAGCAAGCCACUUAUCCCAACAACAAAGGAAGUAGCUACACCAAACCCUCAUAUUCUGUGACCUAUACUAGUCCUUCAACAUCAUAUGUCGCCCCAGCGUACAGUGGAAGCUCUUACAACCUUCAAGGCAGCUACUCCACCAGUCAGGCACCAAAAUACCAGGGUAGUUCAUACUCAAAAACCCAGUCGUAUGGCCAGAAUACCUACAAUCAGGGUCAAGCCACUGCUUACAACGGACCAUAUGCCAAAAAGGGCUACACACCCUCCAAGCAGACUUACAAAAAGAGGAAGGCGGAGGUGCCGGAAGAGCCGGAGGUGAUCGCCAAAGUCGAUGAGAAGCCAGUGGAAAGCACUUCGUAAUCUCGCAAUUUGAUUAAUUGAUUUAAUCAAUUAUUUCUGAGGUAAUAAAUUAAUAUUUGUGGAUACUUAUCCCUGAAAAUUGUAUUAAAUGAAUUCAAUAAAAAUAAAUAACAUUAAAUUGGA